AUGAGCUCUGCACGGGUGGAACUUUCGUCGACCAGCGUUGCUGUCGGUGCAAUCAUCGUCAAGAAGGAGGAACCGUCCAGUACUACUGGUCCUACACAAGCUGAAGGAGAGGAAAAUCAGCCUCAAAUAGAAGUCAUACCUUGUAAGGUAUGCGGUGACAAAUCAUCCGGUGUCCAUUAUGGUGUAAUUACCUGUGAAGGAUGUAAGGGAUUCUUCCGAAGGAGCCAGUCAUCGGUCACGAACUAUCAAUGUCCGCGGCAGAAAAACUGCACAGUUGAUAGGGUGAAUCGCAAUCGCUGUCAGUAUUGUCGAUUAAAAAAGUGUAUGGAAUUGGGUAUGAGCAGAGACGCUGUGAAAUUUGGACGGAUGAGUAAAAAACAACGAGAGAAGGUGGAGGAUGAGGUACGGUUACAUAAACAAAUGCAAGAGGCUACUGGAAUUCCUUACAUGUACGGAGAAUACUCCCCUCCAUCACAGCCGUCAAGCUACGCUGCUCCUGGGUAAGU